GCGCGCGCACGGGGCGCGUACUAAUAAGCUUUGGCGCUUUUGUUCACGUCGUUCUCCAGGACACCUCCUUCAGGGAGAUUCCUUGGGGAAAUUCUAUGAAGGGAAUCCCUUAAAGCUGUGCCACUCUAAGCUUAAAUGAAUGAAGUUGGCUACUAAUAAGGCCCCUCCUUAAGGGGAAACAACAUCGCACAUCUCGUGUAGUAUAGCUAUAGUUAUGUCUUGUCUGUGGCGUUGCUUUUGUUUUCUUUAAGGCGGUUGGGCUUUUAUUAGCCAACUCUAGUAACCUAUCUUCGACUUCGACGUUCUGGUCUAUUAGCUGGCUGAGGCUUCUGGGCUAGGCUAGCUGCUGAAGCCUUCUGGGCUAGCUGGCUUUAGGCCUCUGAGCUAGCUGGCCAUAGUAGAUUCUAAGCUGCGGCCCAACGCUUGUUCUAAGCUAGCGGGCCGCGAUGGCUUCCAAGCUAGGCGGUGGCGGGUGCUAAGCUAGCAAGCCAAGGCCAUGGCAGUGGCACCGAUUGGCUUCUACGGAGGUGAGCGAGGAACCUGCCCAAAGCUUCUGAGCUGGCUGGCCAAAACUUGCGAGCUAGCUGCCCAAAGCUUCGGAGUUAGCUGCCCAUAGCUUCUGAGCUAGCUGGCACCUGGCGGCGGCUUCUGAGCUAGCUGGCCACAGCUUCUGAGCUAGCUACCAAUAGCUUCGGGGCUAGAAGCUGGCCAAAGCUUCUGAUCCAGCUGGCCAAGGCUUCUAAGCUAGCUG